CGACAACCAGCAUUCUUCAGCACCACCAGUCUCUACCGCGGCCGUCGAACAACAAAGAAGAGCAGGAACUCUUUGACAUGACCUUUACCGCUGAAGAUGUUGUGUUCUUGCGGACUUCAACGGAAAUUAUGGACCCAAUUACGCUAAGCCCACCACCAUCAUACGACGAUGCAAUAGCCGUACACAAACUGCCUGCGGAAGCGGCUCUGGAAACGCAGGACUGCUUCGAAGACUUCGCUGGGCUGGCAUCAGCGACUGCAGAGAAGCCUCCACAGACUAAAUGGCUCGUCAAGUCUGACAAGGAGCCUUCGUAUCUCAAGUUGCUCACCGGACCCAUAAUAUCUAACGCAGGUGGCACGGUCAAUACCGAGCCGCUGAGGAAACGGCGAUAUAAAGUGGUAUUCCCUUCUGGAUACGAGGAUGUGUAUUUGCACAAGGCAGCAUGGGCGUCGAAUAGUUCGAAUCUACCUCUUUACCACGUCGAGCUUUUCGGUCGCGACAGGUACGAACCGGAGCCCAUCGUCAUUCUUGGACCCACAGACUUCCAUCAUGACACUGUAAUUGCACAGUCCAGAGAGCAUGCGGCACGGCACAUCGGCAAAGUGCUCUGCAAGAUUGAGGAUGAAAUUUCGAAGACACAGAGAUUCGUAGCAUUUUGCGAAAGCGAGUACUUCUCUUGGGACUGGAAGUGCAAGACUGGAGGUGCGAAGCAAGAAAUGAGGAGCUUGAUUGUGAGAGCCAGGCGCGACUGCUUCACAGGCGCUGCUUUGGUCGUGAGGCUGGAACAAUUCUUGGACUUUACUGGACGACAGAACCGCGGACACUCCGAGGACGUGAUUCGACGCCUCAGGAGCAGCUUGAAGGAGUGUGCUUGGAGAUUGAAUAGACUGCAGAUUUGAGGGGUUUGCAUGGUGUUCAGGAAUUGCAGGUGCGGCAUUGGCGUUGAUUGAAAUAUACCCCACCCAGAGUGGCUGCUCAUUGGAUAUCGUAUUGUUUGGAAAGAUUCGAGGACCUGAAGGAGAAAUAUGGUGUUUUGAAUGCUAGAGAUAAUGUCCUGGGCGAAGAAAAGACCAAGAGGUCCUCGCGCUGCUUAGAUCUUUUAUACCUCAAUAGCUUAAUAGUGCUAGACGAGCAUUCUGAGUGAAUGAAUUGGAGUAAGGCUUC